AUUUUUCACCCACCUAUCCCCUUAGACUCCCCUACUUUUAUUAUUUUAUACACUUGAUUCUUUCCUUUUAUUCUCUCAUUCAUCAUCCAACUUCCCAAAGAAAGAAAGAUAGCGUUUUAUAGUCUCUCUUGUUUGAAGAUGGUGAGAGGGAAGACUCAGAUGAAGAGGAUAGAGAAUGCCACAAGCAGACAGGUUACUUUCUCCAAGAGAAGAAAUGGUUUGUUGAAGAAAGCCUUUGAGCUUUCUGUACUUUGUGAUGCUGAAGUUGCUCUCAUCAUCUUCUCCCCAAAAAGCAAACUCUAUGAAUUUGCAAGCUCAAGCAUGAAGGAGACUAUUGAACGCUACAGAGAUCAUGUAAAAGACAUGCCAACUCAGGAUUCUAUGCGUGCAGAAGAUGUCCAGCGUAUGCGACAGUUAGCAGCAGGUAUGGCAAAACAAAUAGAGCUCUUAGAGGUUGCAAAAAGGAAAAUAUUGGGAGAAGGUAUAGGAUCUACUACCAUGGAAGAACUACUACAUAUUGAACAACAGUUAGAAAGGAGUGCACGCAUUAUCAGAGCAAGAAAGAUGCAAGUUUACAACGAACAAGUUGAGCAGUUACAAGCAAAGGAGAAACAGUUGGCAACUGAAAAUGCAAUAUUAAACGAAAAGUGUCGACUUCAAUCAAUAGAGACAAAAGAAAGGGGGUCAAUUUUUCUACUGUUGGAAGAUGAUCAUGAAGAUAAAACAUCAGAUGUGGAAACAGAAUUGUUUAUUGGACAACCAAAAAGGAGAACCAAGAAAGAUCGAUCAAAGUAGUGUAUGCCAUGUCUAAGUUAUGCUUGAAUAUGAGGUAACUCUUGAUAAAUAAAAUUUAAAAGAGUCAUUCCGUGAUAUGACACACACCCCAUUACAUGGACUCAAAAGAUUUGUAUAUAGGGAUGAUACUUUCAUAAGCAUUAUUCAUCGGUGAUAUCUCAUAUGCUAUAUAUUCAUUUUCAUAUAUUUGAAGUGAUUAUAUGCAAGAAUUUAAGUAAUGGAAAAUCUAUUUGUAACAAA